AUGUCACCGCUCCCCCACGUCCUCGCCACCGUUCUCUCCCUCGAGCUCCUCCUCGGCGGUCAAGCCCGUCUCCCCUUCUCCCCCACCCCGUCCCUCUACAAGCGCGCCAUGGCGAAAGCCGACGGCACCCUCGCCGCCUUCCCCUUCGUGCCCCUGGACGCCGUCACCUUCACGCAGGUCAUCGGUGUUGCAAUGUGCCUUGCCUCUGUCGGUGUAGCCUUGCCGGCGACGAGAGUGGCGGGGUGGAGUCAGUGGAGGAUGGAGAUACCGUAUUGGCUGCCGGUGGUCAACACGGGACUGGCAAUGGCUAUAUGGACUGUUUCGUAG